AUGAGCCCUGCGCGCGAUCCCACCUACCCGCUCUUCCCUGUCUUCUCCUUCAUCGGUUUCGUCCUAUGCUUGAUCCCUUUGCCAUGGCAUCUCCACGCCUGGAACUCGGGCACUUGUGCGUUUAUGAUAUGGACGGCUUUGUCGUGUCUCGUUGGCUUCGUGAACUCCAUCGUCUGGAGUGGGAAUGUGAACAACCCAGCGCCAAUAUGGUGUGACAUUUCAUCGAAAAUCAUUAUUGGCGUCAGCAUUGGUAUCCCAGCAGCCACACUCUGCAUCAGCCGUCGUCUUUACUCUCUGACUUCGGUUCGGACUGUCUCCAUCACCCGCGACGAUAAACGACGGAUGGUCAUCAUUGACCUAUGCAUUUCUCUAGGCUUUCCCGUGCUCAUCAUGAUUCUUCAUUAUAUCAUUCAAGGACACCGCUUUGAUAUCCUGGAAGAUAUUGGCUGCUACCCUGUCGUUUACAAUACCCUUCCUUCCUAUUUCCUCUACUUCAUGUGGCCAGUCUUUCUCGGCGUCGUCUCAUUCUUCUAUUCAGGUCUCACACUACGUGGCUUCUGGAUGCGUCGUCUCCAAUUCGCCCAACUUGUGACUUCAAACUCUUCCAUGAACAUGAGUCGUUACAUCAGGCUUAUGAGCUUAUCUAUCAUCGACAUGAUGUGCACUGUACCCCUUGGAGUUUACUCCAUUUACAUUGGAAACAAGGGUGUCAAGUUGGCGCCAUGGAUUUCUUGGGAGGAUACUCACUUUAACUUCUCCCGCGUUGGUGUGGUGCCUUCCCUCAUCUGGCGCAGCGAUCCGUCCUUCCAAACCUCUGUCGAGUUGACGCGGUGGUUGCCUGUCGUCUGCGCCUUUUUAUUCUUCGCACUCUUCGGGUUUGCUGCAGAAGCACAGAAACACUACAAGAUGAUGUUCACUUUCGUCGCCAAACCCCUCGGAUUCGGACAGCCUCCAAAGGUGCCGCCAAAGGCCGUUCUUCCGGGGUAUGUCUCCCCCGUUCCUCGAUGA